GCCGUAUCCAGUGGUAAAGAGGUCGGACAGACUGUCCUAAAUAAGUUUGGGAGAGAGACCGAAGCGGCAUAAUGCUGAUGAAAUAAGGCUGGGUGCUUUACGGAUCCAUCAUAACAUGGUCUGAUGGGAUGGCUUCUAAGCUAUUGGACAGACUGCGACGGACACUGUUCAAAGAAGGAGAAGUAGUCGCUAGUGAGCCAAUUGAUGUACAAGAGGACAGCUUCCCAGAGAGUUCUGAGUUAGAUGACACAGAGUGUCUCUCAGAGCGGCUUGGGGGAACACUCUGCUUCGAUGGGGAGAGCGCCAUGGAAUCAGAAGACCCAGGUGAGGCCUCAGGACCAGACAGUGAUUCAGACUUCCUUGGAGAGUCCGUAGAGGAUGGAUUCAGCAGCACAGACACCAGCCCAGUGGGCCUGUCUCCUGGAGUCUCAUCCCUGCUCACAUGUCAGCUGCAGGAGAGCUGGAGGAGCUUACGGAGCUGCACUGUGCCUGAGAAGCUGGUGUUUGAAGUGACUGAUGCCAGUGUGGUGCCAGAGAGCUCCUCCAAGUAUGUGCUCUACACCAUCCAUGUGAUCCAGUCUGGGAUGUUUGACAAAACCCCCGCCGUCAUCACCCGGCGAUACACCGACUUCGAGCGUCUGCACAGCCGCCUUCGCCGUCGUCACGGGGACCACAUGGAGCGUGUCUGUUUCCCCCGCAAGAGGCUGCGUAAGAACUUUGUGGCAGAGACCAUCGCCAAGCGGAGCCGGGCGUUUGAGCAGUACCUGACCCACAUGCACUCGCUGGCUGAGCUGCGGCGCUCGCCCACCUUUCUGGAGUUUUUCUACCUGGGUGACCUGCAGGCUGGCCAGAUGCUGAUGCGCGUGGGCCGUUACCAGGAGGGCCUAGGCCCUCUGCUCAACGGCCUGAGGCUCCAGGAGAAGCUAGGCUGUGAGCAGCAGGGGAUGCAGCAGCCUCACCACCAGCAGCGCACCCACUGGCUCUUCACCCUGCUGGCCCUGGUGACCUGCUUCCAGGAGCUGGAGCAGCUGGGGGAGGCCCAGGAGCACUGUGACCGAGCCCUGAGGGACCUGGCCCCCUCACCGGAGGCCCUGCAGCAGCACCUCUUUCACCCACUGCUCAUCCCUCUCCUCCAGACCAACGUCAGAUUGUCGUGGAAGAUCUCCAAGGAUAAGCGGCGGUGGGAGGUGCUGCUACAGGAGAUCCAGGACUCUGGGGCUGAUGUAGGGAACCAGCCCAGCCUGAAGGAGUACCUGAUGAAGGAAAACCUGGUGGAGAGUGAGGGAAACACUAAGGCCAAGGUCAAACGGGACGACACCACUUAACCCGAAGAUAAUGGUACUCAGUUAGUUAUGAGGAAUGCACUUCAUGUAGCCUAGCCUAGUAAUGAGGUAUUUGGUCUCUUUUGACAUGUAUUUUCUACAGGAAUCUGGACUGUUAGACAUUCAACUGACCAAGUCAUACACAAUAAGCAGAAAACAAUCACAUUGUAUAGAAUGUCUCUAUAGUUCUAUGUAAUCACUUAGCUUUACCUUGUAAAUUGAAAACACUAAAGUUAUUUCAAUCAUUAUAUUUAUGAUACAGCUGCUUUGUAGCAAAUACUAAUAUUUUUUAUUAAACAUUGUAUUUUUCCAGGUCAA